UCAAAAUUCCACUCUGGUGGCGCCACUAUCCGUUUCCAUUUCGCGUAGAUGAAGUUGUCGUAAGCGUGGCUAAUCAAGGCACAAAAAGGAAAAUGAGCAGCUCAGAGGAAGUGUCCUGGAUUUCAUGGUUCUGCGGACUCAGGGGCAACGAAUUCUUCUGCGAGGUGGACGAAGAUUAUAUACAAGACAAAUUCAAUUUGACCGGUUUAAAUGAACAAGUUCCGCACUACAGGCAAGCCCUGGACAUGAUAUUAGACUUAGAACCAGAUGACGAGCUAGAUGAUAACCCUAAUCAAUCCGAUCUAAUUGAACAGGCAGCCGAAAUGCUUUAUGGUCUGAUCCAUGCUAGGUAUAUUCUAACUAACCGUGGUAUAGCUCAAAUGAUCGAGAAAUACCAAGUGGGAGAUUUUGGUUAUUGUCCGAGAGUUUACUGUGAAUCACAGCCUAUGUUACCAUUAGGUUUAUCAGAUGUUCCUGGGGAGGCUAUGGUAAAAUCUUACUGUCCUAAAUGUAUGGACGUGUAUACUCCUAAAUCUUCAAGACACCAUCAUACUGAUGGGGCUUAUUUCGGAACUGGUUUCCCACAUAUGGUUUUCAUGGUCCAUCCAGAAUAUAGACCGAAGCGUCCAACACAACAAUUUGUUCCUAGACUGUUUGGCUUCAAAAUACAUCCUCUAGCUUACCAGUUGCAACAGCAGGCUGCUACGACUUUCAAAACGCCUCUAAGAACGUUAAAUUUCAACAAUGGCAAGCGUUAAUAUAUUUUAAGACAAGAAGAGAACUUUUGUAAUUGCUAAAUAAAAUAAAAACCGUGUUGAUUUAAUGGACUUUUCUCGCAGGUAUUUAUGGAUUACCAAUAUUCUAGGCGGUAUUAUAGUUUUUUUCUCAAUAAAAUACCGAUUUCAGGAACUAAGCUGGGGUUUGAGUUUUACAGCCUUUUAAUAGCAUUAAUAAUUUUAUUUUGUAUUUUUUCAAAUCAUAUUUUUGUAGGGUUUUCCGUGCUUUAAAACUCAAACCCCAAGCAGGAAAUAAUAAAAUAAUAUCAAACUUUGUGAAUAUAGAUUGGCAAAUAAACUUAUACGAUCUAAAUAUGAUGUAUGUACA